GGCACGUGACGCGGGCGCUGCGCGCGCCGCCUGUCAUGUGACCUGCGGAGGCGCCGGGCGCCAGGUGGGGCCAUGGCGGCCGCCCGCACCGAGGCGGUGGUGCCCGGCGAGGCCUCGGAGAGCGACUCCGACUCGGAGCUGUACGCGGCGGCCGCCUGCGCCGCCCCGCCGGGGCUCAAGGUGCCGGGCGAAGCCUCCGAGACCGACUCCGAGGAGGAGGAGGAGGAGGCGGCGAGGCCGAAGGGCUUCCCGGACCUGCCGCCGCUGGUGGUGGAGCGGAGCCCGGCGGCGGCGGAGCGGCCGGAGGCGGCGCCGGCGCCGUGGGGCGGCUCCUUGCUGCAGCAGCGGCUGCUGGAGGGCAACGCGCGGCUGCGGGGCGCCGUGGGGGGAGCCGUGCGGCGCGGCUACGCCGAGGCCGCCCGGCACCUCGGCGCCCUGGCCGCCCCCCUGGGCCGGGCCCAGGCCGCCGCCGCCGGCGCCUCCCACAGCCUCCGGCUGGCCCGCCGCGACCUGCGCGCCGUGGCCGCCGCCGUGGACAUCGUCGCCGGCUGCGGCCUCCUGCCCGACAUCCGCGGCGAAUUGCCGCCGGCGCCUUGUGGCCCGUGAUGGUCUCCGUGCCGCAGCUGCUGGGGCCACCGGCUGUGGCCUCCUGCCCAACAUCUGUGGUGACUUGCCACCAGCACGUCGUGGCCCGUGGUGACCUCCGUGGUGCCACCAGUUGAGGCCUCCUGCUUGACAUCUGUGGUGACUUGCCACCAGCACCUCGUGGCCCGUGGUGACCUCCAUGGUGCCACCAGCUGUGGCCUCCUGCCCGACAUCUGUGGUGACUUGCCAUUGGCACCUCGUGGCCCGUGGUGACCUCCAUGGUGCCACCGGCUGUGGCCUCCUGCCUGACAUCUGUGGUGACUUGCCACCAGCACCUCGUGGCCCAUGGUGACCUCUGUCUUGCAGCUGAUGGGGCCACCGGCUGUGGCCUCCUGCCUGACGUCUGUGGUGACUUGCCAUUGGCACCUCGUGGCCCGUGGUGACCUCCAUGGUGCCACCGGUUGUGGCCUCCUGCUUGACAUCUGUGGUGACUUGCCACCGGCACCUCGUGGCCCAUGGUGACCUCUGUACUGCACCCCCAUGGUGCCACCGGCUGUGGCCUCCUGCCUGACAUCUGUGGUGACUUGCCACCAGCACCUCGUGGCCCAUGGUGACCUCUGUCUUGCAGCUGAUGGGGCCACCGGCUGUGGCCUCCUGCCUGACGUCUGUGGUGACUUGCCAUUGGCACCUCGUGGCCCGUGGUGACCUCCAUGGUGCCACCGGUUGUGGCCUCCUGCUUGACAUCUGUGGUGACUUGCCACCGGCACCUCGUGGCCCAUGGUGACCUCUGUACUGCACCCCCAUGGUGCCACCGGCUGUGGCCUCCUGCCUGACAGCCGUGGUGACUUGCCACCAGCACCUCGUGGCCCGUGGUGACCUCUGUACUGAGCACCACCAGCUGCGGCCUCCUGCCCGACAUCCGCAGCGACUUGCCCGUGGCGUAGCUGCGGUGGCACCGGCACCUCAUAGCACAUGGCGACCUCCAUGCUGUGGCAGAUGCCACCAGCUGUGGCCUCCUGCUCGACGUAGGUGGUGACUUGCCCACGGUGUAGCCGUGGUGCCGCCAGUGCCUCAUGGCACCUGAUGACCUCCGUGCCCUGGCCGACGGUGUCACUAGCACCUCGUGGCACGUGCCGAUCUCCAUGCUGUGGUUGAUGGCGUCACCAGCUGUGGCCUUCUGCUUGACGUACGUGGUGGCUCGCUGCCAGCGGCGCCGCGGUGUCACUGCCCCUGGACUGCUGCUCUGGUGCCUCCUGCCGCGUCCGCCUGGCCUGUGACCACCUUGUGACUGUGGCCACCAGCCACAGUCUCCUGCUUGACGAAGGUGGUGGCUUGCUGACGGCGUAGCUGCGGUGUCACCGGUACCAGGCUGCCGCUGUGGCGCUUCACACCACGCGCCUGAACGUCACCGGCUGCGGCCUCCUGCCUGACGUUCAUGGUGACCUGCUGCCAGUGUAGUCACGGUGUCACCGUCACCAGGCCGUGGGUCUGGUGCGGGUUUCCCCCCACCCCAACCCUCACUUGUUGUUUUCGGGUGGGUUUUUCCUGCCCCACUCAAGGGCUUUAUCAAAACUCGGCAGCAAAUAAACCCCGCCGGGGAGGACGCCCACGGCGGCGCCGGCUCCAGCGCAGGGGCGACCGUG